GGCGUAUCGCGAAAAUGAAAUUUAACAUCACUCCCUUAUCACUGUCAUUAAAACUCCAUGAUUCAUCGAGUUGACCCACAAUCUUUGUAUCAUUCUGCCCCGGUUUUUCACAAGACAAUCGCGCGGUAAAGGAAUUAGCAUAUGAAUGGGGGAUUCGAGGUAGGUAUUGCCGCGAGCCUCGGUAUGGCGUCUCUUUGGUCUGAACUCUUUUCCCUAACUUUUCCUCGUGUUUCCCCUUUACUUAACUUUUGGCUUCCUCUAUAUUGUCGGUGGCAAUUUACUCUAGAUUUCUUUUUGUUCGUUCACUUUCACAUUUCAUAGAUAUUCCAUUUCGGGAGUUGUUCAAAGAUACAGCAGUUACUAUGAGUAAGAAAGGGGAUUUUGCCGCCGUCCGAAAGGAUAUUGUUGGCCUUUUACACCAACCGGAAUAUGAUGAUGGCAGUGCUGGACCAGUUCUUGUGCGCUUAGCAUGGCAUUCGGCCGGAACAUACGAUUCUGAGACAGACACUGGUGGAUCCAAUGGAGCUGGCAUGCGAUACGAGAGUGAAGGAGGAGAUCCAGCAAAUGCUGGUCUACAACACGCGCGAGUCUUCCUCGAACCAGUCAAAGCAAAGCACCCCUGGAUAACAUAUGCGGAUCUAUGGACAUUAGCAGGAGUCGUGGCGAUUAAAGAGAUGGGUGGACCAGAUAUCCCAUGGCAAGGUGGACGAACAGAUUACGUUGAUGAUUCGAAAUUGCCCCCGCGAGGACGUCUACCAGAUGCAGCACAAGGUUCCGAUCAUCUUCGAUGGAUUUUCUACCGCAUGGGAUUUGAUGAUCAGGAAAUCGUUGCGUUGAGUGGAGCUCAUAAUCUGGGACGAUGCCACAGCGAUCGAUCUGGUUUCGAAGGAGCUUGGGUUAAUAAUCCCACGAGAUUCUCGAAUCAAUAUUACAGACUUUUGCUUUCCCUUCAGUGGCGCAAGAAGAAGUUGCCAAAUGGAAUCGAACAAUUUGUCAACUAUGACGAGGAUACCGAGACGGAAUUGAUGAUGCUUCCAACGGAUUUGGCUCUGACGCAAGAUAAGGAGUUCAAGCGAUGGGUCGGAAAAUAUGCAGAUGAUAAGGAGAAGUUCUUUGAAGAUUUCAGUAAAGUCUUUUCGAAGCUGAUCGAGUUGGGUAUUCGAAGAGAUAGCAAGGGUAAUAUUACAAAUUUGGAUAAUGAAAAGGGCGGAUAUCAUUCAGCGCCAAAGAAGAAGGAUACUCCUGGUAGUCCAGCGAAGAACACAGAUGAUAAGAAAGUGAAUGUUAGCGAGGCGGCUCCAUUGCAGGAGGAGAACAAGAAGUUCAACUCGAAGUUGUAGAAGUUGGUUUUUGGGUUAGAUGUAUGGAUGCCUGGUCUUUUUCCUUUUCGCAACUAUAGACGUAUAGAGACAACUAGAGAGGGCGAAGAUUUUAGACUAUAGAAAAGAUAAACUAGAUCUAGACAUAGAAAGAAUUAAUAGAUAGUGCACAACUAGUCGACGCUAUACA